AUGUCCUUCGUGGGUGUAUCUGUGGUCGACGGCGGCGUGCUCCUGGGCUCUCCCAUCUCCCCGACCACCGCCGGCGCCAGCGGUUACCACUUGCUUGUCAUCGAAGGCUACUCGCGCACUCCAGCCCUGCCUUAUAGCGGUCCCAUCGAGUCUCGUUGCUUCACAGUCGGAGGCUAUAGGUGGUCCAUCUACUGCGAUCUCGUCGACAACGGCGGUUCCUUAUCACUCGGUCUUUUCCUGGACGUGAACCCUGCCGGUCUCGUUAAGGCACACGUCGAGUUUAGUUUUGCUGACGAGACCAACGAAGAGCCCGCCAGUAUCCAUGGCAGUGAAAUACUCGAGCUCCGCUGCGAUCAGUGCCAUAACGGGUUGAAGGACAUCGAAAUUGAGACCUUGAAGAAACGCCUCAGGGACGACAGUUUCACCAUCCGGUGCGACAUCGUGGUCCUAAAUCCCACAAGCAACACUUCUCAGUUCAUAGACGUGCCGCCGUCCGACAUGCAACGGAACUUCACCAACCUUCUGCUGUCCAGGGAGGGGACCGACGUGGCCUUCCGGGUCAGAGGCGAGACAUUCGCCGCCCACCGUUGUGUCCUGGCUGCCCGAUCUACCGUUUUCAGGGCGGCACUCUUCAGCCCAAUGAAGGAAGGAAUGUCGUCCACUGUCGCCGCCAUGCAGAUAGACGACAUGGACGAUGUGGUGUUCAAGGCAAUGCUAGGGUUCAUCUACGGCGAUGUGCUGCCGGCGGUGAAUGAGGAGGAGGACGAGGACGUCGUGUUGCUGCAGCACCUGCUUGUGGCGGCGGACAGGUAUGACCUCCGCAGGCUGAGGCUGAUGUGUGAGAAGAAGCUGCACGGGUACAUCGGCGUGGGCACUGUGACGAUCUUCAUUGCGCUCGCCGAGCAGUACGGCUGUGAUGGGCUGAAGAAGGCGUGCUAUGAGUUCCUACGGUGUCCGGACAACCUGAGGGCGGUGGUGGACACAGACGGCUUUGAUGACUUGUGCAGGAGUUGCCCCUCUCUUAUGAAGGACAUGAUCCUUGGCGUGCUACCGCCAAAGUAG